AUGAACAAAACCAAUAAUAAUAUUGAAGAUCCUGAUGAUAUUACCAUGACUGCACAAGAACUACAUAUUUUGUCAGAAUUGGACAGCCGCCAAUAUGGAUUUUUACUACUAAAUCAACAAGCAAAUGCUUCAAAAAAGGUUUUAAUUCAAAAGGCUGUCAAGUAUCUUCAAUUAAUGGUUGUUCAAGCUAGAAGGCAACAAAAAGCAAAUGAAAAUGAUGCAAAUAAUCAAAAUAAAAACAUUAGUAUAGAUCCCAAAACAUGGGUGAAGCUGGGGCAUUUCCAUUUGUUGUUAGAAGACUAUAGGAAAGCGUUAUCUGCGUACCAGAUGUUCUACAAGACACAAGCAGAAAACCACUGGCAGGACACAACCUUCUUAUAUGGAAUAGGAUUGGUGUACUUUCACUUCAAUGCAUUCCAGUGGUGA